UCCAAACCGAAUAGAAGCUGGCAUUGCCUUGGAAUGUUGGAAUGAGCUCACGCUGUCCGCGGUUGAAGACAGCGAGUUGCCCAACGUUACUACUUCCACCAUCGACUGCCAAUUGACGGGACAUGCCGCUGGGGACUUGGGUGACAGCGCCACCACCUAGAUGCGCGAUAGCCCUUUUUGCGGAACUUCCUGCUCCAUUGGAACGCUCUUGACCCCCCUGAUUACGUUCCUCAUCGUCUGUCAUCGGCAAGACUGCAGUCGUUUCGGUGGCCAUUUUGGCUCUGUGUGUCUCGAUCACGAUUCUCAUUCUCUGCUCAGGAUCAAUGUCCCAAGGGCCAAAUACGUUAGAUUGGUUACUCGCGCCGCUUGCACCGUCAUCCUGGAAGGCGUCGUGCUGGCGCUGGCCAUUCGACUCGCGACUUGGUGCCCGUCAUACCUGCGGUUGAUACGUGUAUCCGCCCUCACCAGUGGUGCGCUUGCUCAGCGGCUCCUUUUGGCAUGCCUGAUACCAUACAGAAGGACGGAUGCCACGGGUAGCCACCACGCAAUGUGCGUAAUGGCAAUCAUGAUGUUCGGGAUCUCAGGAAUCAGUGAUUCAUCCAUAACCUUGCUUUUCAGCGCCCAAACGAUUUCCAUGGUAAUUUUGGAUACGUGCUUGUGUAAGGGCGAUAGAAUUCUUGACUCUCUUCCAAAUGUCGUGUGUUAACUCGUCGUUUGCAAGGCCUGUGACGACGGUCUUCAUACACAUGCUGAAAAGCCUGACGGUCCAUAUACUAGUCGGUGAAUGUCAGAAAAACAAGGAGCCUGAACAUAAGUCGAGGCGGGUGGUGACAAAUUGGGAUUGGGCGCAUAAGAACCAUGAAUAGCCAUUAGCGGGCUAGUUGGUCG